CUCCCACUGGCCAGAUCUAUCCGGUUUCCUGUCACUGGGAACCACGAUGGAGUCCACGGCUUGCACGGGGUCCCGUAAGUGGCCCGAUUCGGCCGUGACAAUCGAGAUGGAUCAAUGGAGAUGGGUUGGUUGCUCUGUCUUUACGUACUCAUCAUGUUUCAACCACUCUACGUAUACUCAUACUUCACGGCCCGGAUACAGCACCCUCUACCUUAUGGAUGCCAUGUAUAUGUAAGCCGUCCAAGUACUCCGUAUACAGAUACUAACAUCUCUUCCGUCUCACGCACCUCCCUACCUUGCCACGCCGUGCGGGUCAGAUCCGGUCCCGCCCGUAGUCACGGGCAGUAGCGGAGGUGUUGCAGCGGCUGUCAGCAUCGAGCAAGAGGGUGCCUUGCGGAUUUAAUCUGCUUCCCCAACGGAAGGCAAGG